AUGGUCAUCACCAAUGGAAUCGCUAAUGGAGUUCGCAACAACUUACCAAAAGGGCACCAAGCGACCUUUUCCUCUGAGAACAUACCUUCCUCCGAAUUCCAAGAGCGAGUAGAAAGAGUUCGCGAUGGCUUACGAGCAGCUGGUCUCGUAGGAUUGAUAUCCUUCGGCGACUGCUGGCGUGGCGCAAAUGUGUGUUAUUUCACCGAGUUCCGACCUCUUGACGGUGUCUCGGACAUAGCAAACGCCAUAUUCUUCGUCGGAGCAGAUACGGAGCCUGCUUUGUUUGUGUCAAGGCAAUGUUUCCACUAUGCUUCAGAGGUCACCUCGUUCGACGUGUUCACUUUCGAUGAGAUGCAGGCCAAGCUGGAAGGUUUCUCGGGAGCACGGACCGGUACUGUGGCCCUCGCUGGUGAAGCUUACAUACCUGAAGACCUUCACCGCCGAAUAAGAAAUUCUCUUGGAAACUUGACAAUGGAGCCUCAUCCAGUCCUGGCGGAGAUCAAGGCCAUCAAGAGCGAACGAGAGAUUGCGCUGAUCCGGAAGGCGUCAUACCUAACAGACCAAGCCAUGGAAGCAAUCAGGGAGACGCUUGCGGACGGGCACCCUCAUACUGAACGCGAGUUAGCCUUGUUGGCAGAUCAGAGAAUGCUGGCUGGUGGCGCCGAACGAACGGCGUAUGAUUCAAUGGUGCAGGCUGGUCCUCGCUCUGCUUUCAACCUGGCGAGGCCAACGGAUAGGAUUGUGCAGCCGGGUGACUUGGUCAUGACUGAUAUUGGAGCCCGAUAUCGAGGCUACUGCGCUGACGGCGGUCGUGGGUUCAUAUACAGGACGGAGAAAGCGGACCCACAGAAGAAAGAAAUCGUCAAAGCGGCUGCUGAGGCUGUCGAGGCGGGUCUCAGUCAUGGACGACCGGGUAUGACAGCGUCUGAAUUGAAUGCUUUCAUGCAGCAAGCUUUGGUGAAAUCAGGGUAUGAGCAGUACUCCAGUGAGGCCAGAGGCCAUGGAACAGGACAUGGGACAGGAAUGGAUCCAGAGGAGGAGGCCCCAUGGAUUGGUCCCGGCAACAAGACUGUUUUGAAGGAGAACAUGGUCUUCACGUUGAAGGCUACCAUCACGGUUCCUGGAGUUGGUGGGCUACGGACCGAAAGGAUUGUGAGGGUGACUUCAAUGGGGAUUGAGGCCCUAGACGUCUACCCAAUGGAGCUGUAUUGGUAA